CUCACCGAUCAUCUCUCUCCGUCUGAACCUCUAUUCCUGCUACACUAUCCCAAUCAUGGACCUCGCAGCGAGGUGUGCGUUCCUGCUCUCCAGCUUCGCCGUGCUCUCGGCGCUCGAUUUGGACGCGAUUGAUCCCGGCUAUUAUGUGGAGACCAGCGCUUCCUCAGAAGUGAUCGACUAUAAAGAUCCCUGCAAAGCUGUUGCCUAUCUUGGAGACAUUGCACUGGACGAGGAAGAUAUGCGCAUGUUUAUAGUGGACCGCAUUGUGAAUUUAGCCCAAAGAACAGUCAUAAUUCUUAAUCACACCGAUACGGGUUCACUUUCCAAUGAGACGAGUCAAAAUAAUAUAGUGUCGGAUCAGCCGGGGUCCCAUCGCAGGAGGAGGGCAGCGACCUCCAGACCUGAGAGGGUGUGGCCUGAAGGGGUCAUUCCUUAUGUCAUCAGCGGCAACUUCAGUGGUAGCCAGAGAGCUAUUUUCAGACAGGCUAUGAGACACUGGGAGAAACACACAUGUGUCACGUUCAUUGAGAGAACAACUGAAGACAGCUACAUCGUCUUCACCUACCGGCCAUGUGGGUGCUGUUCGUAUGUCGGCCGGAGGGGAGGGGGUCCACAAGCUAUAUCCAUCGGGAAGAACUGUGAUAAGUUUGGAAUUGUGGUGCAUGAGCUCGGGCACGUGAUUGGAUUCUGGCAUGAGCACACGCGACCUGAUAGAGAUGAUCACGUCAGCAUUAUACGGGACAAUAUUCAGCCAGGACAGGAGUACAACUUCCUGAAGAUGGAGCCUGGUGAGGUGGACUCGCUCGGAGAGGUCUAUGACUUUGACAGUAUCAUGCACUAUGCAAGAAACACUUUUUCCAGAGGGAUUUUCUUGGACACCAUUCUGCCAAGAUAUGAUGUGAAUGGAGUUCGGCCUCCCAUCGGUCAGAGGACAAGAUUAAGCAAAGGAGACAUCGCACAGGCACGCAAACUUUACAAGUGUCCAAGAUGUGGAGACAGUUUGCAGGAGAGCAGUGGGAACUUGUCUUCUCCCGGUUUUCCGAACGGUUAUUCAGCAUAUAUGCACUGCAUCUGGAGAAUUUCAGUCACACCAGGAGAAAAGAUCAUUCUGAACUUCACCUCUAUGGAUUUAUACCGAAGUCAUUUAUGCUGGUAUGAUCAUGUAGAGAUCAGAGACGGAUAUUGGAGGAAAGCACCAUUGAAAGGUCGAUUCUGUGGAGAUAAAUUACCUGAACCGAUCAUAUCAACAGACAGUCGCUUGUGGAUUGAGUUCCGCAGCAGCAGCAACUGGGUGGGAAAGGGCUUCUCUGCUGUUUAUGAAGCUAUAUGUGGUGGGGAAGUGAAGAAGGACAAUGGUCAAAUUCAGUCUCCAAACUACCCAGAUGACUACAGACCCAACAAAGUGUGUGUGUGGAAGAUUACAGUGGCUCAGGGCUACCAUGUAGGCUUAACCUUCCAGUCUUUUGAGAUCGAGAGGCAUGACAACUGUGCAUACGACUACUUGGAAGUUCGUGAUGGGAAUUCGGAAAGCAGCCCUCUGCUGGGCAGAUUCUGUGGUUAUGACAAACCCGAUGACAUCAAAUCCAGCUCCAACCAGCUCUGGAUGAAGUUUGUGUCUGAUGGUUCUGUCAACAAGGCUGGCUUUGCUGCCAAUUUCUUCAAAGAAAUGGAUGAGUGCUCUAGACCUGACAACGGUCGCUGUGAGCAGCGCUGUGUCAACACGCUCGGUAGUUACAAGUGCGCCUGUGACCCUGGUUACGAGCUGGCGGCGGACAAACGGAGCUGCGAGGCUGCAUGUGGUGGUUUCAUCACCAAGCUGAAUGGAUCCAUCACCAGUCCGGGCUGGCCCAAGGAGUAUCCACCCAACAAGAACUGCAUCUGGCAGCUGGUGGCACCCACACAGUACCGCAUCACCCUUCUCUUCGACGUCUUCGAGACUGAGGGCAACGAUGUGUGCAAGUAUGACUUUGUUGAGGUAAGGAGCGGUCUGUCUGCGGACUCCAGGCUACAUGGAAAGUUCUGUGGUGCUGAGAAACCAGAGGCCAUCACUUCGCAAUACAACAACAUGCGAAUUGAGUUCAAAUCUGACAACACUGUCUCCAAGAAGGGUUUCAAGGCCCAGUUCUUCUCAGAUAAAGAUGAGUGCUCAAAGGAGAACGGCGGAUGUCAACAUGAAUGUGUGAACACGUUUGGCAGCUACAGUUGCCAGUGCAGAAGUGGCUUCAUACUGCAUGAGAAUAAACAUGACUGCAAGGAGGCCGGCUGUGAUCACAUUGUGAACAGCGUGAGCGGGACCAUCACCAGCCCCAACUGGCCAGAUAAAUACCCCAGUAAGAAGGCCUGCACCUGGGCCCUCUCCACCACUCCAGGACAUCGGAUCAAAAUAGCUUUCAAUGAAAUUGACAUGGAGCCUCAUUUGGAAUGUGCUUAUGACCACAUCGAGAUUUACGAUGGUCGGGACGGGAAAGCAUCCAGCCUUGGCCGCUACUGUGGCGCCAAGAAACCUCCACCUAUCAUAUCUAGCAGCAAUAAGAUGUUCAUCCGUUUCUUCUCCGAUAACUCAGUGCAGAAGAAAGGCUUCGAGGCUUCUCAUACUGCAGAGUGCGGAGGCCGCCUGAAAGCAGAGGUCAAAACGAAAGAACUCUACUCCCAUGCUCAGUUUGGUGAUAACAACUACCCCGGAGCAUCAGACUGCCAGUGGGUGAUCUCAGCAGAGAAGGGUUAUGGCGUGGAGCUCAUCUUCCAGACCUUUGAAAUUGAGGAAGAGGCCGACUGCGGCUAUGAUUACAUGGAGCUGUUUGACGGGGUGGACACCAAAUCACCCAGACUAGGCCGCUACUGUGGAUCAGGGCCUCCCGAGGAGAUCUAUUCCGCCAGCGACUCCAUUGUCAUCAAAUUCCAUUCAGAUGACACCAUCAAUAAGAAGGGCUUUCACGUGCGUUACACCAGUACCAAGUUUCAGGACACACUCCACUCCCGUAAAAAGUGACCCCUAGUGGCCGGGAGGGGCCAUGCAGGGCCUAGGGGGAGGCGAAGGGGCCCCAGGGGGAGGGCCUCGCCCAUCGCUCGGAGCCCCCCGGCCGCCAAGAACACCCAAACUCAACGGAUCAGCCGCAAGAAUGCCAACCACACCUCAGUAGUUCACGGGGGCUCUGGCAUCCCCUACUGACUGUGAGGAGUAAAGCCAUUCUGCAGUAGACCUUGUUUUUUUUUUUGUUUUUUUUUUUUUUGUUUUUUUUAAUUAUUAUUACUUUUGGGGCAAGAUGUGAAAGGGAGGAAGAGGGGGAAUGUAUUCAGUUGAUGGAUACUUUAGGGAUCAUGAGCAAAAACAAAGAGAUUAUGAUAUGGGAGGGUGGGUAAGGUGGGUGUAGUUGACUUGAUGCUGAUCACCUCAUGGAACCCACCCCUUUAUUUUUAUUUUUUGUCAUGAGCCGAGAGUGUGCAUUUGGAAAAUACAAACCUUCGGAGGACCGCCUGCAGGAGAACUAAGCAGUCGACCCUCACCAAACCAGUCAUCGAUACAACAGUGGAAAGGAGUGAUAAGUGCAAGAGUGGAGUAGGGCAUUCAAGACAGGUUCCUCAAAGGAUUUCCAACCUUGAAACAUGAGCUGUUUUAUGUUUGUUACAUGAACGAAUGACACUGUAUGUCAAAGAGAUGCAUGUAGUACAGUUAGCAGGACUUUUUUCUUUUUUCUCUCACUUUUUCUUCCAUUCCAAUAAGGUCCUCUAUGUUAAAGCCUACACACUGGGUGUGCGGCAGUCCCAAACUCACCCAGCGGGAGGCCCAUCCUUAAAAUGUUGUCUUGGUCACUGGCAAAUUUAAGCAACGGCCCUAGAAGUACAGUCUUGUCAGUGGGUUGCAUUGUUGUCGAUUGUUCAGCCAACAAAACACUGGAAAUACGUCUUUCCAUAAAUUUCCAGUGGAUAAAAAUCUAAGACCUAUUGAACGGACUGUACGUCUAUCGCUCGUUUUAGGUCUAAGCUUGUUUUUAUUCGCUUCAAAUUAAAGAUGGCGUCUACUCUGACUAAAGCCCUAGGUAUACUUCCAUUUUAAUGCAAACACGAGCCUGUCAAAGUAAAGUCCAUAUAUCUAUGCAUGCAUACACAGGUGGUUGGCCCAUGUGCGUUAGGACUGCUAUGAGAUACUGGACUAUUUCUCCUCAGGAGUUAAGACCCAUAAAGAUGUCUUUAUAUUCAUUCAGACUCGAGUUAUACAAAUGCAGGUAUCUCCAGGCCUCCUCACACACAUGUUCUUGACUUGCACAUACAUUUAUUUUCAUCUCACAAUGUUUAGCAGUGAUUAGAUCUUAUUUGAGCGCUUCUUUGUGAAAGCAACGGCUCAAAUGUGAGUGCUGCCACCUUGUGGACCCACUAAUUUGUGCACAUAACUUAAGCCGCAUGCACAUUCUGUGCAUUCAAAGAUGUGUUAAGUGCUCGCGCACUGCUGAUUACGAGAUUUGUGUCACGUGUCCUGUAUGCGGAUGCUCAGCGUUCGCAUCUGACCGAAGUAUACUUUGGGCUUAAGGUUCAUUGUCCUCACAAGUACCUUGAUGGUUAACAACUUGGUCAAUAAGUUUGUGUUGAAUGUAGAAGGAAUUUCAUGUUCAUCGGUCUUUUGGUCUUCAAAUGCCUUUGGAUAUUUGCUAGCUAGGUGCUGCCUGCCCUUUUACACUGACUAUUAUUGCUCCCAAUGGCAAAACUGUUGGCAAAACUGAUAAGACUGAAAAGUGUAAAAAGGUAAUUUCUACCAAUACUGUGCCUCAGUGUGUGAUAGUGAGUGUGAAGGAAUGGUGCUAUUACAAAUAAGCCUAACAUUUGUUGUUGGACACUUGAAAUCACUAUAUCAAUAUUAAUAUCUAAUGUCAGUGAGGAAAAGAGAAGGGUAAAAAAUCUCUGUACUCUCCAAGCUGGUUUACCUAAGUAAGUUUACUAUGCUCAAAUCCAAAAGCCGAACCAAGUUUCACAGCUAGAAUCCCUGCAGAAUAGUGCUGAAUUGCGUGAGGUGUUCGUGCACAUCUCGCCAGUAAAGGUCCACAGGGGUUGGUUAUUUGAUCUGAAGUGUUACCGCACUCUAUUUCCAAGAUCGUCCUGGUGAAAUAUGCAGUCUACAUCACUGCUGUCCUACCUCUCUUUCUCUUAAUCCAGGCCUCCUUUUCAUUUUAUGACAUCAUUUCGUACUCAUUUGCCUUUGUGGAUUUACCUAAAGCCCUUUUUAAUCUCAGGUUCAGAAUAUUUUCUUGUUCUUACCCUCUGAAUCAUUUAAAGAAACAAGAUUUUAAUUGUUUCAAAACUUGAUUAGUGUUUGGCUUAAAUGUGUCAAAUCCAGGAUGGCAAAUAAUGAGGAUUAAGGUUUUAAAUGGAAAUGUUUUAGGCUUGAAAAGGUUUUAGGAAAUUGAUGAUCUGGUUUCUGUCAAAAGUUUUCGAUGUCAACUUCCGUUUACGUUAAGCCACAUGUACUGUGCUUGUGAACAAACAAGUUGCUCAAUAUAUAUUCUUGCAAGCUAAGGAUGGUUAGCUGUCAUGGUCUACCACUUUUCCUAAUGCUCACACGAUCAACCAACUUCAACUGGAUUUUUGUUUGUUUUCUGUCUAAAAAAUAUCUAUACCCAAUUUAGCAUCUCUGUGUUUGAAUAUGCUUUCUAGCAUAGCUUUUUAGAGUAGAGGAGCACUUGUACAUUUUUCUAAUCAAAGCGCAUCCUCCUAAGCAUUAUUAACGUUUUAAUUGCCCCUGUUAUUUCCUGCUAGAAGUGUAUUGUGUUAAGAGGGUAAAGUUGGAGACGCAAGCUUAAAAUUAUCUGUUGUACCACGUUUUCUGAAAUGUUACCUCAGCAUAAUAGUGUAUGCUUGAUUUAUUCACCCUGACCGGCCUUCCCAUGUUAGACUUGGUACAUGUUUAUGCAUUUUAUUAUAUGUAUGUAUGUAAAUAUGUAUUAAUGUAUUCAAAGUACACUAAACUAUAGAUAACUGGAUGAGAAUUAAGGCUAUGUGUAAUUGCAUACAAAAGAUGCAAUUUAUUUAUAUUGUAUAGCUAAUUUUCACCUAUGUAUUGCACAUAGUGUUAACAAGUGCAUCUAUUUCAUAAAAUGUUAUUUUCAUUUUCAAA